ACUACUGUCAGAUGUUCAGCUUCUACUUCAUAAAAGUCUGAAGCAGUAACGUUAGAAACGUAAAGUUAUUUGAUAUUGUUUAUGUCUUAGGGUUGUUCUGUCUCUCCUUACAUUAAUGUCACCUCGUUAAUUUAAGUUAAACCUAGUUUAACUUAACGUUAUAUUAACUUUAUACACAAUGCUAUGCUGUCGCGAUGUUUAAUUGCUGAGAUAUGUCGGUUGUAAGCUUACAGUUAGGUCAGUGUGGAAACCAAAUAGGACACGAGCUAUUCAGUGUCAUAAGCGAUGAUUCUAAUGGACCAAACAGAAAGAAGUACAAGCAAUGCAGCGACGAGAGAUUCUUCUAUCAAAACUCCGCUGGAGAGCUCGUGGCACGGUCAGUACUUGUUGAUAUGGAGCCCAAAGUUAUCUCACAGGCCCUAGCCAAGGCUUCAAAAUCUGGAAGAUGGAGAUAUGGAGACAAAGCACAUUUCUCCCAGAAGCAGGGCUCUGGAAACAACUGGGCUAAUGGGUUCUGUGUUCAUGGUCCUCGUCACAAGGAGGAUGUGGAGGAUCUAGUGCGGAUGGAGGUGGAGCGCUGUGAUCGUCUGGCCGGGAUCUUCACCAUGAUGAGUGUUGCAGGCGGCACUGGCUCUGGUGUGGGCACCUACAUCACUCAACGUCUGAGGGAUCUUUACCCACAGUCCUUCAUCUUAAAUCAAGUGACCUGGCCGUAUGGAGCUGGUGAGGUGAUUGUGCAAAACUACAACUCUGUUCUGACUCUGUCCCAUCUCUACCAGCUCUCUGAUGCUAUUCUGGUUCAUGAGAAUGACACGGUGCACAAAAUCUGCAGCCAGCUGAUGAACAUCAAGCACAUCUCCAUCAGUGACAUAAAUAAAGUUAUCUCUCACCAACUGGCCAGCGUCCUUCAGCCCGUUUACACCGCUCAUUCACCCGACUAUUACAGCAGGAACCCCAUAGGGGAAUUGCUUACCUCCUUGGUGUGUCACCCAGAGUACAAACUGCUCAGCUUGUGUAACAUUCCUCAAAUGUCUAGCACGUCACUGGCCUAUAGUGUGUUUAACUGGCCUGGUUUGCUCAAGCAUCUGCGUCAGAUGCUAAUUGCUAGUGCUAGGAUGGAGGAAGGGAUUGACUGGACGGUGAAUGUCCCAUCAGUGGUCCUAUCUGGAGCAGAGAGUGUGACAAACAUCAGGCAUAAAAGUUUCAAUUCGUCACUGGCUAAUCUUUUAAUACUUAGAGGGAAAGACGUGUCUACUGCAGUUACAGAUGGAUUUAAGGAUCCCUUGUUAUAUGUGCCGUGGCUUAAAGCAGAGAAUAGUUUCAGCACAUGGAGCUCGCCUAUACCGUUCAAUGGAUAUGAGAAGUCGGCCACUUUGGUCAGUAACAGCCAGUCGCUUCUGAAACCCCUGGACAAUAUAGUUAGAAAGGCUUGGAACAUGUUUGCUUCAAGGGCCUAUAUUCACCAGUAUACAAAGUUUGGAAUCUCGGAGGAGGAUUUUCUGGACAGUUUUACGGCACUAGAACAGAUCAUCUCCAGCUACACACAUCUUUGACAUCAUAAAGACUGAAAAAGCUACUUUUGCAUGAUGCCAAAUGAGUGGCCUCUGCAGCAGUUGUAUUUAUAAUUAUAAGAUGGGUAAAUUCAUCUUUUUGUGUUAAGAUAUUUAUUUUGUUGUUAAAAAUUAUACAUUCGAAUGGAAAU